AUGCGUGAAGUUAUUUCUGUUCACAUUGGCCAAGCUGGUGUUCAAAUUGGUAAUGCAUGUUGGGAACUUUAUUGUCUUGAGCAUGGAAUACAAUGUGACUCAACAAUGCCUAGUGACAAAAGUCAAGGAAUUAAUGAUGAUUCAUUUACAACAUUUUUUGCUGAAACCGGAAAUGGAAGAUAUGUACCUAGAGCUGUUAUGAUUGAUCUUGAACCAACAGUUAUAGAUGAAAUAAGAACAGGUCAAUAUAGACAAUUAUUUCAUCCAGAACAAUUAAUUACUGGAAAAGAGGAUGCUGCUAAUAAUUAUGCUCGUGGUCAUUAUACAAUUGGAAAAGAAUUAAUUGAUCUUUCUUUAGAUAAAAUUAGAAAAAUUGCAGAUAAUUGUACUGGACUUCAAGGUUUUCUUGUUUUUCAUUCAUUUGGUGGUGGUACUGGUUCAGGUUUUACAUCAUUACUUAUGGAACGUCUCAGUGUAGAGUAUGGAAAAAAAUCUAAACUUGAAUUUUCUGUUUACCCAGCACCCCAAGUUUCGACAGCCGUCGUUGAACCAUAUAAUUCUGUUCUGACAACACAUACAACUCUCGAGCACUCUGACUGCUCAUUUAUGGUUGAUAAUGAGGCUAUUUAUGAUAUAUGUAGAAGAAAUCUUUCAAUUGAAAGACCAUCUUAUUCUAAUUUAAAUAGAAUUAUUUCACAAAUUGUUUCUUCUAUAACAGCAUCACUUCGUUUUGAUGGGGCACUUAAUGUUGACUUAACAGAAUUCCAAACAAAUUUAGUACCUUAUCCAAGAAUUCAUUUUCCAUUAGCAACAUUUGCUCCAGUUAUUUCUGCUGAAAAAGCUUACCAUGAACAGUUAUCUGUUUCUGAAAUAACAAAUCAAGUUUUUGAACCCGGUAAUCAAAUGGUAAAAUGUGAUCCAAGAAAUGGAAAAUAUAUGGCAUGUUGUUUAUUGUAUCGUGGUGAUGUUGUUCCUAAAGAUGUCAAUGCAGCAAUAGCAUCAAUAAAAACUAAAAGAAAUAUUCAAUUUGUUGAUUGGUGUCCAACAGGUUUUAAAGUUGGAAUAAAUUAUCAACCACCAACUGUAGUUCCUGGUGGUGAUUUAGCUAAAGUUCCCCGUGCAGUUUGUAUGUUGUCAAAUACUACAGCUAUAGCUGAAGCCUGGGCUAGAUUAGAUCAUAAAUUUGAUCUUAUGUAUGCAAAAAGAGCAUUCGUCCAUUGGUAUGUUGGUGAAGGAAUGGAGGAAGGAGAAUUUAGUGAGGCACGUGAAGAUUUAGCAGCACUAGAAAAAGACUAUGAAGAGGUAGGAAUUGAUAGUGGUGCUGAUGAUCAAGAAGCUGUUGAAGGAGAAGAAUAUUAA